UAUACCGAUGACAGCUUAGCUUGUUGUGAAGGCAAAGGGUCAUCAUAGCGCGUUUAUGUGCGUAGUUAUUACCAAGAUGCGACUUAUUCAUAAGAGUCCAUAUUCUUUAUAACUAUAAGCAGAUUGAAUCUGCAGCCGGAGCCUUUUAUUUAAGUCAUGAAGUGGUGGCAGGUCAGAGAGCUAAGUUAGCUUGAAGCUAGCCAGCUAACGUUAUACAUAUAGUAGGAGAGAUAUGAGUAGAGACACAGAAGUCCAGAGUGAAAUAGUUGUGAAACGCAGCUCUUGGUCCAAAAAGAGAAACAGAGACGGAAUGAGGAGUGAUUUUACUCCGGCUAAGAAGCGGCUCAGCGCUGAGAAAUGCGACACAAAUGAAGACAGGAAUAUCGCGCAGAUCAAGAUAGAGGACACAGUCUCAGAACAGUGCUGCAGUGACAGCGAGGACCUCUUUGAUGGCUACGACAGCCUCAUCGCCGACACCUCCUUUCUUGCUAGGCUGGAAGAGUGUGAACAAAACCACACCUCACAAACCACCAAAAGCAAUGUUGAUCAUCUCGCAGACUUCGCAGACGAUUUCCAUGAUGCAUCAUUGAGGGAUUUACCAAGCUCUCAGCUCGUGUUUCAGCAGGACAUGCUAAAUAAAUCGCACCCCAUCCACACAGAAGGAACUGGAAACACAUCUACUCCUGAUGUGAGAACCUCAAAGCAGUCAGUCUGCGAUGAUCAGAACAAACCAGCCAGCAAGGCCAGGAGGAGCAUGGCCAACCAGCUAAAGAGAGCUAUGCUGGAAAAUGCAUCUUCCUCCAACACCAUGUCGAAGACGGUCCAAAAAAAAGAGGCAGCAGUGAGUGAAGAAAUCAGUGCCGCUGUACAGACAAUCAAGUCUGUGCCUCCAGAAGGAGACCUGGGUCCUUUCUUUGGACUUCCAUCCAAAGUUAAGGAUUUAAUCAUGAGACUGAAGAGGAUUGAGGACUUGUAUGAGUGGCAGAAGGCAUGUCUGAAUUUGGACUCGGUUCUCCAAAGAAAGAAUCUGAUCUACUCCCUGCCAACGAGUGGAGGGAAGACGUUGGUGGCUGAGAUUCUUAUUUUUAAAGAGAUUCUCUGUAGGAGGAAGGACGCACUGCUGAUUUUACCCUAUGUAUCCCUGGUGCAAGAAAAGGUCCGCGGGCUGGCGAGUUUUGGUAUUGAGCUGGAUUUCUUGGUGGAGGAGUACGCUGGGAGUAAAGGGAAAUUUCCUCCUAUAAAAAGACGUAGCAGAAACUCGCUUUACAUCGCCACGAUUGAGAAAGGCCACAGCCUAGUGAACUCCCUGAUUGAGACAAAGCGACUGGACAACAUCGGCCUGGUGGUGGUGGAUGAGCUCCACAUGCUUGGAGAUGGUAGCAGAGGAGCGAUUCUCGAGAUGACUCUGGCCAAAUUAAUGUUCAUCAGCGAAAGCACACAGGUUAUUGGAAUGAGUGCCACCCUGGGCAACGUAGCUGAUCUGCUGAGCUUCCUGAGGGCUGAGAACUACACCAACGACUUCAGACCUGUCCAGUUGAAGGAGUAUGUAAAACUGAGGGACAGUAUAUAUGAGGUUGAUCCAAAGGAGGAGCAGUGUUUCCGGUUCUCACGUGUUCUGACUUUUAAAUACUCCAGCGGGAUGCAGAAGCUGGACCCGGACCACAUCAUCGCUCUGGCUACUGAAGUGAUACCGCAACAAUCCUGUUUGAUAUUUUGUGCCACCAAGAAAAACUGUGAAAAUGUAGCUGGUAUGAUCUGCAAGUAUCUAAAUAAAGACUUCCUUAAGCAUAGAGAGGAGGAAAAGGUGACACUGCUGUCCGAGCUGAGGAAUAGUGGGAAUGGCUCCUUGUGUCCUGUGCUGCAGAAGACCGUGCCUUUUGGCCUGGCGUACCACCAUAGCGGUCUGACCAGUGAUGAGAGGAAGAUGCUGGAGGAGGCGUACUCAUCCGGAGUGCUGUGUCUCCUCGCUUGCACCUCCACCCUGGCUGCAGGCAUCAACCUUCCUGCUCGCAGAUCAUGUACAGAAGACGGUUUCUUUACUGCUACUGCCUUGUUCACCAUUGUCCAACAGUCUUCUAUUGGGUUUAGGGUGAUCCUCCGCUCCCCAUAUGUGGGUGCAGAGUUUUUAAAGAGGAGUCAGUACAAGCAGAUGGUAGGAAGAGCAGGUCGUGCUGGGAUCGAUUCAAUGGGAGAAAGUAUCCUCAUCCUGCAGGACAGAGACAGAGACAGGGCCAAACAACUAGUGUGUGCACCAGUAGAGAACUGUUACAGUAACUUGCUGCAUGAAGGAACUCACGGUCUUCUGAGUCUCAUCCUCUCCCUCGUCGGCCUUAACAUAACAUGCACUGAGGAGCAGAUCCUGGAGUUCAUGUCAAGGACGUUGCUUAGUGUUCAAGAGACUCAGCUUUGCAAGCAGAAGAGUUUACAAGAGCUUACAGUAGAGUCAGUUGAGAUACUGAAACAAAAGGGUCUCAUCAGUACCUCUCCACACGAGCAGGCUGUGCUGCAUGUCACCAAACUUGGAAGAGCAACAUAUAAAGGCUCAGUAGAUUUAAGAUACUCUGAUGUCCUCUACAAAGAACUGUCUAAAGGUCUGGAGGGUCUCCUGCUGAACAGUUUCCUGCAUUUGGUCUAUCUGGUGACUCCAUAUGACUUCGUGUCUCAGAUCAAACCAGACUGGAUGAUCUACUUUAGCCAGUUAACAAAGUUGUCUGCUGCUGAACAGAAGAUGGCGGCCACUAUUGGAGUGCCUGAGAGCUUUCUUGUUCGGAAAGCGGCUGGACAGAGUGUGAGGAAGAGUAUUGACCCUGCAGUGGUGAACAGACUGUACCUGGCUUUGGUGCUAUAUUCCCUGCUGAAUGAGACAAACGUGUGGGCCGUCUCUGACCGAUUCCAGCUGACCCGAGGCCUUGUUCAGACCCUUGUCAGUUCCUCCUCAGCUUUCUGCUCCUGCGUACUGCAUUUCACUGAGGAGUUAGAGGAGUUUUGGGCCUAUAAAGCUCUCCUCGCCGAGCUUACCCGCAGACUGACAUACUGCGUACAGGCUGAUCUCAUUCCACUGAUGGAGGUCGCUGGAGUCAUGGAGUUCCGAGCCAAACAGCUGUACAAUGCCGGAUAUAAAACGCUGGCUCAUUUGGCCAAUGCUGACCCGAAUGUGCUGGUGAAAACCGUGGAGAAACUUUAUAAGAGACAGGCUAAUCAGAUUGUGGCCUCUGCAAAAAUGCUGUUACAUGAGAAAGCAGAAGCUCUACAGGAGGAGGUUGAUGAGCUGCUUGGCUUCCCUGUUGAUCUUCCAUCUGUCUAAAGUUGUGUAUAAUGUAAUUUAAGUUUAAUCUCUAUACUAUUUAUAUUUAUCUUUUAUGUGUGUAAAAUAAAAAUGAAACAUCUUGCAUUUAAUUUUUCAGUUUUUUAUGCUUAUCAUGAUAGUGAUCUGGUCAACAAAUAAAUGCACAAUCCAAAU